UUUUUGAAAAUUUGAAUAUUGUGUGUGUGUGCGUGUGGGUGCGUGUGGGUGUGUUUGUCUUUCAGUGAUUACAUUCAGAAUUUCAACCAUCAACAAAUAUAAAAAAUCAAUAAACAUAAUACCGUUAAUGUUGUUCUGCGUGUAUUGAAAACAUUUCCAAUACAAUAAAAGAUACUUGCGUUUAAGACAAAAUGUAAAUACUAAGUCAAAUUCUUUUUUACCUUAUGCAUUUUUAUUUUAAGCGUAUUUAACUUUGGCAGAAAUUGGUUAUUUUUCCAUUUUUCAAACAGAUAAUAAAUAAUCUGUCUUUAAUAUUUAACACUAAUCUUCAGUUUUCUUUCAUCAACAUUUUAAAUGCGUAAAUAAAACCCAGAAAGCUGUACAAAGGCGGGAAAUUCUGUUUUUCAGUCUGUUUUUCAAAAUAACAGCUCUAACAGUUUUAAAAAGCAGCAGAUAAACCAGAUGAUGUUUGAUUAUGGGAAAUAUGGAAUCGAUCAGGUCAGCAGAUAAAAAUACAAACCGGUAGAGGAGCGUCGGACAUUCACAGUAAAUAAUAAACGCAUAUAUAACAACACAUAUAACACCUCCAGCCUCUGAGACGCUACACGCCCUGCCAGCUUCCUCUGCUCGGGUUGUUUUUUUAAGAACACUUUUGAUUUCUUGACCUCUUAUGUUGAAGUGAGCUGUUGUAAUAUGAGGAAGGGGCGGGGCCGGUCACAUUCACUUCAGCUUCGAGAGUGAAGUUGUCGUAGUCGAAUAAGACAGCGAGCGAGCGGUGAAAAAGACAGAAGAGGGUGAAGUACCAGCAUGGAGCUGAGCGCGAGACAUGGUGGGCAAGAGGAGGAGGAGGAAGAGGAGGAGGAGGAGAAGAGGGAGGAGGAGGAGAAGCAGGAGGAGGAAGAGGAAGAAACACCUGCAGAUGCAGGAUUCUGUCGAAUCUGUCACCCGAUAACUGGAGUGAUUGUUUCCAUGUUAACACUUACCAUCGUCACGACUGGACUCUUCUUGUCUCUGGUGUUAUGUGCCACGUGGGGAGCAGCACCACAGGGUCAUCGGACCCCCGGCUCUUCAGGAGACGAGCUGGUGGAGCGACUGCAGCAGUGUCGGACGGAGCUCCAUGAUCUGGGCCUGAUGCUCCAGACUGUCACUCAAGACUCCAGAUGCAGGGUGUGUCCCGGCGGUUGGCUUUGGUGGCGGCGUCACUGCUACUACUUCUCUGUGGGACUCGAGGAAAACCGCCAGUGGAGUGGGAGCGCAGAGUUUUGUCGGGGACACAACGGGAGCCUGGUCGUGAUUAAGGACUCUGCAGAAAUGGAGUUUAUCCAAGGAGUGAUGAACCGGUUCCCCCACUUCCCCUUCCUGUGGGUGGGACUGACGGACGCCCAGCAGGAGGGCCGCUGGCUGUGGGGAGACGGGACGGACGUCCAGCACUACAUGCCGUUGGCGGUGGACUGGGACGCUGAUCACAGGGACUGUGCCGACCUGAGGGGGGGCGGGAGUCUCUUCGCCGCAGACUGUGAUGCGUACGGGCCGUGGGUGUGUGUGAGAGAGUCCUGACCGGCUGCACACACACAACCAAAACACACAACUUUAUAUUCAUUACCUCACAACGUGCUGAUAGAAAAAUAGAAUACAUCUCCAGUCACACUUAAUGCAAAGUUACUAAUUUCUUUGAAGGAAAUGUGUCCAAGGAGUUGUUUUUUUUUAACAAAGCUUUAUAUUCUAAUAAAUACGAUUUACACAUUUAAUUAUAACUUCCCUCUGUGAAAUGUAUAAACAUGAAGUGUUUGCUGUGUAUAUGUGGAAGUGCAUGUGUGUAUGUCUGCAUGUUCGUGUAACUGUCAGAGAAAAUACUCUUUAAAUACUUCUUCUUUAAAAAUUGAUUGUCAAAGAUAAUUCUUUUAAUAUAUACUCUUUUUAGCUUUUAUAGUUUGUUAUAAAAAAUUCAUAAUUUCUAACAUUUAUGUAUUUUUUAUUGUGCUAUGAUCAGUAAACUUUUUCUUUUGUUGUAUCGUUAGCAUCUACAUGUAGUUCAGUCCUUUAUCUUUCUUUAACUCCGGUUUAAAUCAUGUGAAUUUAAGAUGUAACUGGUGACUCUGCUUUUAAACAGCACUUCCUUAAAGUCAGAUUAGAUUUUCAUUGUCCAAUAAAUCUCCUGGAGGUCCAUCUCUCUCAGUUUGA